CACCCAGGCAACGACACAACCAACUAUUAGUGAUCCCAGAAAUAGAGGGAAAAAUGAUCGAUUACUAAUCAAAAUCAAACAAAAUCUGGCCUAAGGCAGUGUGGAGAUUGUGUUUAAAUGCAGCAACAGAUUCGACCGACACUGUAUACUGUGGUAAACAAUUCCAAAUAUCAAUUGCUCUCACAGAAAAGAAACGUCCUCUGAUGUCCAUAUUGUAACGCGGAACAAACAGUUUAAGAGAAUGACCCCUAGUAUUCCUUACUAUAUUUACAACAAACAGGUGUUCUAGAUGGGGGCAAUAACCCUUUAGAAUUUUAAAUACCAUAAUCAGGUCUAAUCUAAUCAAUCUGCCUUUGAUGGAAUACAAACUGAGUUGAGCAAGGUGUUCAUUAUAGGACAUUAUAGUGGGUGACCUGAUCAUGUUUUUGUAGGGUAAGGCAAGACUGGUGUUGUGUUUGUGUUUGUUGUCUCAGGUUAGGGUUUGUCUAUUGAACAAAGGUAUUUGGGGUAAUGCAUCACUGAAAAAAAAAAUGAAAUGAUAAAAUUUAUAAAUAGAUAAUUAAAAAAGAAAAUACUUGCAUUACGUGAGUUUGAUAUUUUGUGAAAAAUCGUAUAUUUCUAUGCUUUUGUUUUUUAAUAUAACUAUUCCCACAAGUCAAAAUCACACACAAAAUGAAAAAUUACCAUUCCAAAAAUUAUAAUAAAGACGUAUGCCUGGAGGAAUUCGUAAAGAUAUGUGCUAAGUAGAAACAAGAGGACACUGAAAGAAGCUCCACUAGAGAAUGCCAAGGAAUCUAAACUCUGAAACUCCCUCCUGCUUCUGUAUUUCCUCCUACCUAUGACCUGAACUCAUUUAAGAGGGAGGUUUCAAGACAUUUAUCCCAUCUUGUGGCUAAUUCUUUUGACCAUGUUCAGGGACUGACACCUCAGUGGGCCUUUUAUUUUAUUAAUUGCAGUUUUUGUUGCCCAUGGUUAGUUUUCUCCUCUCAUAUAUAAAAAAAAGAGGAAAGACAUAUGCUUUUUAGCAAUUAUCUUAACAUAUGGAAUAGCCUGCUGGCUCUAUUGGUCAAUACAAAGCCAGUAAACUUUGAAAGAAAGAAAAACAAAAAAACUGGCCAGCAUUUGGAAAAAUCAAGAAUCAGAUGAGAAUCAAAUGAACCAGCACAUCCUGCACACCUGUGAGCAGGACAUGGAGGCCUGGAGGUGUUGAUGGAGGUGGAGUCACAGGCUUGAUCUCUUCAGUGGAGGAGAAUGAGCAGGUGUCCUAGUGUGGCGGCUGUGGUGGAGAGUCUGGUCAAGGCGGCUGGGCGAGAUUACAAGGCAGCUGGUCGUGUGUCUGAUGAUGUGCUACAGCCACUCCACAUCAUCCUUGGCCAGUCUCUCAUGAAUGCCUUGGAUCUCAUUGAUGAAAAAAAGGUGAUGAAGGUGGUGGGCAGCAGUGGACGGUGGGUGUACCAAGUGACAGGUAGCACUGGGACACCCUAUGUAUGUUUCCCUCACUCAGUCUUCUGUCAGUGCAUGGCCUUCAAGUUUGCUGUGUUGAAGAGGAGAGAGCGUCCCCUCUGCAAACAUGUGCUAGCAUCACGCCUGGCCACUGAGAUGGGGGAGGUGGAGGAGAAGACUGUUUCAGAUGAGUAUAUUCUGGAUAUUCUGGCCAACAUGGACUAGCAGUGCCCUGGAAUGUUGGAACUUAGAGAAGAGAUGAGAUAUUGGACUGGAGGAGAGCUUGUUUCCUUCUCAGUAAUGGAGUGCAAUAAUGCUGAUGAUGGACACUAGAUCUGAAUCAAACAACAUAGGGUCUGAAUAGCAAUGGGUGUGAUGGUUGGUAAUGCUGAAUUCUUGAAAACACUGAUUUAUGCUAGUAUGUUGUCUAAAGAAAAGAGGAUACAACAAAUAAAAAAAAUUAUCUGCUGAUAAAAUAACAUUCAUUAAUAAGUAAACAUUUGGAUAAGGAUAGAUGAGAUAAUGAAAAUUAUUACAAAAAGACUCGUAGCCUCAUUUGUUAUUUCUCUCAUAGUUUAGCAUGAAUAUACAAGUGAGUGAUAAAGAGAUAGGAAAUGGUACUGGAAUGGCCUAGACUGGACAGGGAGGUGAUACAAGUCUCAUGUUUCUGUGUUAGUAAAGUGUUCCAUGAUCUGUGUUAUGUCUUCGAAUUUCCAGAAGGCACUUAUGGGUUAAAGGGAAUGUAUUGAGUUUUAUACUUUUAUAAACGUACUUGUUAU